AACCCUGUCCUGCGGAUGGAUUGUAGCUUCCCUUGGGCCCGGGCCGUUGGCAUUGUUGGGGUCCGGCUCUCCGGAUGAACCUCCAUCGACACGUGUGUUUAUAGUGUAGUGUAACUUGCAUGGUUGCCGAUCCUCCGAGCCGUCAUCUCCAACGUCGCUGUCCAUAUUGUAGCUACCUGUAGUAGCUACCUUAUCUUCUCUCGCUUGACGGUCUUAUCCAGUCACGGUCACACCGUUCAGUUUCUACCACUCUGUACCGCCACGUUUGCAAGCCGCGACCUAUAGCCGCCCGCUUGGCGAGCUGUCCGACCAGUUUCAGCGCAUUGCACGUACCACCCUGGUCGAUUAAGCAGCCAUCACACAGCAGCCACCAUGUUCGUCCUUCCACCCCCUCCACGUUAUACGUCCCAGCAAGGAUACAAUGGCAUGUCCGCUAGCCAGCCUAUGCCAAUGAUUGAGACGAACAACGUCCUCACCAACCCCUCGGGGCCCGAGUACCAGUUCCUGGUCGGCGAGGGGUUGUAUGUGCUAAAGGAAGAUCUACAUCUUGCGACUCCUCCUCCACACCCCUCCGAGGCGCCGGUAGUGAACCCGAAUCCGCUCGCGACAGCACCUCAGCCGGCGACCGCUGGAACGCGGCUUUCACUGAUCAACCUCGACGUCAGCCCGCUGUCGCCGGCCUUCUAUCGGACAACUUCACGGUCUGAUGGCGCUCAGGGCAGCAUCCAGGAACACGUGGAGGAGGGCCAGUCAUCGAGUGAUGUGCGCGAGAGCAGUAGCGAUGCUGGGCGCCUCAACUCGAGCGACGCCCAGCUCGUUGCGUCCAACACGCCAGCAUUUGGCGAAGGUAACAGUUUCCUUGCGCCAACAUCUCAGAAGGAUGCGCAUAAGCGGCGCAAACCGAAGAACAACAUGGCUAAAAGCAACUCGUCCUUUAUAUCGAGGGUGAUCAACCACGAGGCAUUGAGCAAGCGGCUGCAGGACCGGCCACGGGAUGGAUUGUUCGCCUUUGGCAACGUGAACCGCGCUUUCCAAUGGCUCGACCUAUCCUCCCCGAUGAAGGCCGAGUACCUGACCAAGAUCUUAUUCACGAAAGCUCACUGCUUGUGUCACGACGUGAACAAGGUAACCAAAAGCUCAACACACAUAGAUGUGAUCAUGGGAUUUUCAACCGGUGAGAUCAUCUGGUGGGAGCCCAUCACCCAGCGGUACACACGGCUCAAUAAAAAUGGAAUUGUCAACGGCACGCCCGUGUCUGAAAUCGGGUGGAUACCCGGGUCUGAGAGCCUGUUCCUCGCUGCCCAUAUGGACGGCACACUCGUAGUCUAUGACAAGGAGAAAGAGGACGCCAUCUUCACUCCAGAGGAUGAGGGAAUCUCUCGGACGAGCGGGGAGACCAGCGGCACCGGCAGAGUAAACUACUCGUCACAAAUACAUGUACACAAGUCGGUACAUUCCAAGAACCAAAAGACCAACCCUGUAGCUGUUUGGAAGCUUUGCAACCAUCGCAUCAACGCCUUCGCCUUCUCUCCCGACAACCGCCAUCUUGCCGUCGUCUCGGAGGAUGGCACCCUUCGGAUAAUUGAUUAUCUCAAAGAAGAACUCCUGGACCUGUUCUACGCCUACUACGGUGGCCUGACCUGCGUGUGCUGGUCGCCCGACGGGAAAUACGUCGUCACCGGCGGGCAGGACGACCUUAUCUCCAUCUGGUGUCCGUUCGACCAGGCGCCCAACACAGCGCUCAUCGCCCGGUGCCAAGGCCACCAUUCCUGGGUGACCUCGGUUGCGUUCGAUCCGUGGCGGUGUGACGACCGCAACUACCGGUUUGGGAGCGUCGGGGAGGACAGGCGAAUCUGACUUCUCGACUCCCUUUUCCCUCCCUUCUUCGCUCUCCCUUCGGUGUUUCUGACACGUUUCGCCCUUUCGGCCCUUUUCGGGGCGGACCGGGGCGGAGCGGGUUCUGCGUUGGAGUUGCGGGUGGGGUGGCUGGUUUUGGGCUGAGACAGAGUUUUCAUGGUGCAAUCUUGACUGACCUUUUUGUGAUUUGUUUGAGCCA